GCCGUCCACAUCGUACGCAUACAAGCCUGACCAAAGUGAACCCCAAAGUCUUCAGUCUUCGCGCUACCAUCCUACCGCUUCUCUUCUUUAUCGCCGGAGAUCCGCCACCCACCAAAACCGUCCUGUCGCCGGAAGAUGGACGACGGAGAAGUACUAGAAUACGAUAACCAGCGGCCGUGGAGCCCCGGAUCCUACGGCGGCAGCGGCGGCGGUGGGACCAGCAUCCACAUUACAGCGCUGGAUGGCAUCAUCAACGUCAACUCCCUCUUCACCCUCGCCGUCUUCGUCGGCCUGGCCUGGAAUCCCUCCGACCCCGCUGACGGCGGCCUGCCCUCCGGCGACUGCGCCGCCGGCAACCGGGCGGAGGAGCGCCUUGUCUCCUUCCACGUCCUCGCCUUCGCCUCCUUCCUCUUCUCCAGCCUCGUCGCCCUCUGCCUCAAGCAGGCCGUCCGCCUCGUCCACCCGCCGACCAGGGGCUCCCGCGCGGCGCGCAUCAACCGGGCGGCGCUUCGCGGUGGCAUCCUGGCCUCCGCCGUCGGUUCGGUGUUCGGGUGCGGAUUCCUGAUGCUGGCCCUCGUUAAUAUGGUCGAGAUCAAGCUGGGGAGGCUCGGUUGCGGUGGCGCCGCCUCCGUGGGGGCCGUGAUCCCUCUCGUUACCCUCAUCCCCGCUGCCAUGAUCAUCUACACCGCCAUCGUUUUCUACGCCUUCACUCGCUAAUCAUCACGAUUUCAAUCGCUUCAAACCCACCAACCUUUUCUAGGCAAUAGGGUUGGGGUUCUUAUCUUGUCAUUUCUCUCAAUGUACCAUUUUUCUUAGUUUUGUUUUUUCCCCAGAUACUUGAUUUGUGGGGGAGGGGGAUGGAACUUCGCGAACAAUCUUUUCUGUUUGCCAUAAUUUAUGUUCGUAUUUUGCCAAGAAGUUAGAAAUGUAUAAUUUCGACGUG